UCACAGCGGUUUAGAUGGUACAAUGAUUCUUUAGACUAUACGUCGCUUGUUUUGUCACAUAAACUGAAAUUGGGCGAACUACUAGAAUUUUAGCAACCAGGAAAUGGCGGAGCGAUUUGUGCACAUUGCACCUUUUUAACCGGUUUACUUCCCUUCCAGAGAGAGAAGGUGGGUACCAAAAGACGGCCCAGCUCUCUAAACGACCUUGAUCAGAGUCAGGAGGAGAGAGAGAUCGAGUUCCUCAGACUACAGGUUCUGGAACAGCAGAAUAUUAUUGACGACCUGUCAAAGGUAUUACCGUUUCUAUGGCAACAGCUCCCUCCGUGGGUUUGCUCUGUCAUUCUCUCUCUCUCGCCCUCUUCCUUUAUUUCUUUGUUCUCUCUCUCUCUCUCUCUCUCUCUCUCUCUCUCUGUCUCUCUCUCUCUCUCUCUCUCUCUCUCUCUCUCUCUCUCUCUCUCUCUCUCUCUCUUUCACAGGUAGGCUACACACACUGAUGAUGUUAAUCACAUGGAAGGGAUUUGUAGUCAUGAAACACAGGAAGACAUUGAUGAUGUUAAUCACAUGGAAGGGAUUUGUAGUCAUGAAACACAGGAAGACAUUGAUGAUGUUAAUCACAUGGAAGGGAUUUGUAGUCAUGAAACACAGGAAGACAUUGAUGAUGUUAAUCACAUGGAAGGGAUUUAUAGUCAUGAAACACAGGAAGACAUUGAUGAUGUUAAUCACAUGGAAGGGAUUUAUAGUCAUGAAACACAGGAAGACAUUGAUGAUGUUAAUCAAAUGGACGGGAUUUAUAGUCAUGAAACACAGGAUGAGACAUUGCAACAUUAUACAGUACACAGAUUCUGUACAUUCAAUUAAAUCCUGAGUUAUGUUUUCUAGGCACUGGAGACUGCUGGAUACGUGAAGAGUGUGAUUGUAAGUUGUCAGAUAAUUCCAUCAAGUAUUAUGAUAGGAAUGUACCAUGAGGGAUAGUUCAAUGGAAACAACGACUAAUGUAAUCUUAGUUUGGUGCAACCCCUCCCCAGACUCUGAUAUGGAAAUGUCCUUGUGUGUCUUAGUCUCUCACUUUCCCUAUAAAGUGCACCUCUUUCCCUAUAAAGUGCACCUCUUUCCCUAUAAAGUGCACCUCUUUCCCUAUAAAGUGCACCUCUUUCCCUAUAAAGUGCACCUCUUUCCCUAUAGAGUGCACCUCUUUCCCUAUAAAGUGCACCUCUUUCCCUAUAAAGUGCACCUCUUUCCCUAUAAAGUGCACCUCUUUCCCUAUAAAGUGCACCUCUUUCCCUAUAAAGUGCACCUCUUUCCCUAUAAAGUGCACCUCUUUCCCUAUAGAGUGCACCUCUUUCCCUAUAAAGUGCACCUCUUUCCCUAUAAAGUGCACCUCUUUCCCUAUAAAGUGCACCUCUUUCCCUAUAAAGUGCACCUCUUUCCCUAUAGAGUGCACCUCUUUCCCUAUAAAGUGCACCUCUUUCCCUAUAAAGUGCACCUCUUUCCCUAUAAAGUGCACCUCUUUCCCUAUAAAGUGCACCUCUUUCCCUAUAGAGUGCACCUCUUUCCCUAUAGAGUGCACCUCUUUCCCUAUAAAGUGCACCUCUUUCCCUAUAAAGUGCACCUCUUUCCCUAUAAAGUGCACCUCUUUCCCUAUAAAGUGCACCUCUUUCCCUAUAUAGUGCGCCUCUUUCCCUAUAAAGUGCACCUCUUUCCCUAUAAAGUGCACUACUUACAGAGACAUAUGGUGGGCCCUGGUCAAAAGUAGUGCACUACAUAAGGAAUAGGGUGCAUUUUUGGGGGGAAUAGGCUCAUAAGUAAGGAUUUCACGUUAAAGUCUACACCUGUUAUAUUCGGCACGUGACAAAUACCAUUUUUUUUUUUUUUUUUUUAAAUGGAAUGAUGUUCUAGGAAAGAGAUAUGCUGCUGAGGUACAGACGGCAGGGUGCAGGAGGGAGGAAGAAGGUCAUUAAGCCGUGUAAACCGGCGGUAGAGACGUUCUUUGGUUACGACGACGAAGAGGCUUCUAUAGACUCAGACGGAUCCUCCAUCUCCUUCCACACAGACAGGACACCAUGCACACCAGACGAUGACCCGGAGGAGGUAAGACAUGGGCACAGACUUUCUGGGGAAAGUCAGAAAGACAGUUUUGCUUGUCAUGUUUAAGGGGAGUCUGACAGAGAGAAAGAGAGUGAUCAAGAGAGAGAGAAAGAUCAAGACAGAGAGAAAGAGAGAGGAGGGGGAUAUAUAUAUAUAUAUAUAUGUUUUGUCCUUUGAUUCCUAAUGAAAGCUUGAUGUUAUAGAAUUAUAAAUGAAUUUGAAAGUGUGUUUCCAUUCUUGAUAUACAGCAGUGAAUUACAGAAGUGUAAAUAUGCAAUGCAACGUUUACUGAAAAUCAGACGGUUUCAUAUGUAAUAUGUUAUUUCUGAUGUUGUGUUAUAAUGACCAUGGGGUUUGACUGUUGUUUGUGUCUGUCUGUCUGUCUGUCUGUCUGUCUGUCUGUCUGUCUGUCUGCCUGCCCGCUCGUCUGUGUCUGUCUGCCUCCAUGCCCGUCUGUCUGCCUGUCUGUGUCUGUCUACCUGCAUGUCUGCCUGUCUGCCCGACUGUCUGCCUGUCUGUGUCUGUCUGUCUGCCUGUCUGCUUGUCUGUCUGUCUGCUUGUCUGUCUGUCUGUCUGUCUGUCUGUCUGUCUGUCUGUCUGUCUGUCUGUCUGCCUGCCUGCCUGCCUGUAGGGUAUGAUCAGGGAGGAGACAGAGAUGAGGUUUCAUCAGUUGACCAUGGAGUACCAGGCUCUUCAGAGAGCCUAUGCACUUCUACAGGAGCAGGUUGGGGGCACGUUUGAUGCAGAGAAGGAAGUCAAGGUAAGAGGUGCUCUUUUAUGAUGCCAUUAUCAAAACAUGUAUUUCAUUCACUGGGCAGGAAUGUAUUUUAGACCACUAGUCCACAAGAAGUAUUGGGCUAAGGUCAUAUUCACUUGUCCUUCAUAAGUAGGACUCCUCCAAGGCCUGAUUCAGUUGAGACAUUUGCAUAAAUCAUUAAUUGACGUCAGUGAGAGAAUAUGUGAGUUAAGCAUACAGGUCUCAAACCAGAAUGCCGCCCUAGAGACUGAACCAGGUAGAGACAGAAUGCUGCCCUAGAGACUGAACCAGGUAGAGACUGAACCAGGUAGAGACAGAAUGCUGCCCUAGAGACUGAACCAGGUAGAGACAGAAUGCUGCCCUAGAGACUGAACCAGGUAGAGACUGAAUGCUGCCCUAGAGACUGAACCAGGUAGAGUCAGAAUGCUGCCCUAGAGACUGAACCAGGUAGAGACAGAAUGCUGCCCUAGAGACUGAACCAGGUAGAGACAGAAUGCUGCCCUAGAGACUGAACCAGGUAGAGUCAGAAUGCUGCCCUAGAGACUGAACCAGGUAGAGACAGAAUGCUGCCCUAGAGACUGAACCAGGUAGAGACUGAAUGCUGCCCUAGAGACUGAACCAGGUAGAGUCAGAAUGCUGCCCUAGAGACUGAACCAGGUAGAGACAGAAUGCUGCCCUAGAGACUGAACCAGGUAGAGACUGAAUGCUGCCCUAGAGACUGAACCAGGUAGAGUCAGAAUGCUGCCCUAGAGACUGAACCAGGUAGAGUCAGAAUGCUGCCCUAGAGACUGAACCAGGUAGAGACAGAAUGCUGCCCUAGAGACUGAACCAGGUAGAGACUGAAUGCUGCCCUAGAGACUGAACCAGGUAGAGUCAGAAUGCUGCCCUAGAGACUGAACCAGGUAGAGUCAGAAUGCUGCCAUAGAGACUGAACCAGGUAGAGUCAAAAUGCUGCCAUAGAGACUGAACCAGGUAGAGUCAGAAUGCUGCCAUAGAGACUGAACCAGGUAGAGACUGAACCAGGUAGAGACAGAAUGCUGCCCUAGAGAUUGAACCAGGUAGAGUCAGAAUGCUGCCAUAGAGACUGAACCAGGUAGAGUCAGAAUGCUGCCCUAGAGACUGAACCAGGUAGAGACUGAACCAGGUAGAGACAGAAUGCUGCCAUAGAGACUGAACCAGGUAGAGUCAGAAUGCUGCCAUAGAGACUGAACCAGGUAGAGUCAGAAUGCUGCCAUAGAGACUGAACCAGGUAGAGUCAGAAUGCUGCCAUAGAGAAUGAACCAGGUAGAGUCAGAAUGCUGCCAUAGAGACUGAACCAGGUAGAGUCAGAAUGCUGCCAUAGAGACUGAACCAGGUAGAGUCAGAAUGCUGCCAUAGAGACUGAACCAGGUAGAGUCAGAAUGCUGCCAUAGAGACUGAACCAGGUAGAGACAGAAUGCUGCCCUAGAGACUGAACCAGGUAGAGACUGAACCAGGUAGAGACAGAAUGCUGCCCUAGAGAUUGAACCAGGUAGAGUCAGAAUGCUGCCAUAGAGACUGAACCAGGUAGAGUCAGAAUGCUGCCCUAGAGACUGAACCGGGUAGAGACAGAAUGCUGCCAUAGAGACUGAACCAGGUAGAGACUGAACCAGGUAGAGUCAGAAUGCUGCCAUAGAGACUGAACCAGGUAGAGACUGAAUGCUGCCAUAGAGACUGAACCAGGUAGAGACUGAACCAGGUAGAGUCAGAAUGCUGCCAUAGAGACUGAACCAGGUAGGGAAACAUAUUCUACUAUCAUUUAUUAUCAUUGUAUAUAACCAGUGAAUGUUGUUCUCUUCACUCCACAGACAAGAGAACAGUUGCAAGCAGAGCUUAUUCUCUACCAAACCAGAAUACAGGACCUAGAGUGUGUUCUGUCCCAACAAGGACAGGUGACUGGAUUGCACACACAUACAGCCACACGCACACACACACGCGCACGUAUUCAAUAAUAAAAUAAUAAUAAUAUGCCAUUUAGCAGACGCUUUUAUCCAAAGCGACUUACAGUCAUGCGUGCAUACAUUUUUGUGUAUGGGUGGUCCCGGGGAUCGAACCCACUACCUUGGCGUUACAAGCGCCAUGCUCUACCAGCUGAGCAAACACACACAGACACACACACUGUUCUUUGCCACUGAUUACCUGAUUCCUUGUGUGUUUGAAGGAUAUGAAGUGGAUCGAAGAGAAACAGGCCCUGUUUCAAAGAAAUCAAGAACUUAUAGAAAAGGUAUGAACUAUUAUCCAUCAUAUUUACUCAAAGUGAUGUGUCACAUGAAAUUCAGGUGUGAUUGGAAAAAAUGUGAUUGUGGUUAUCUGUCCCGUGUAUUUCCCUCUCUAACAGAUCAAGCACGUGGAAACAGAGGAGUCACGUUUAAAAAACGAAUUUCAGGACGCCAGAGACCAAAAUGAACUCCUGGAGUUCCGGAUCCUUGAACUUGAAGUAAGAGCAGGGAAUUUAAACUCCUCCCAACAACCGCUCCACGAGCUCCGUAGUAUGGCAUCGUCUCCAACCUGUAUGUGUUUCCAUUGGACCUUGGAUACAAUUGGACGAAAAUGUUUCAUCUUAAUGUUAUUCAGGUUUUGGAAAUGUAUUAUCAGUUUUAGCUAUACUCCUAGAUACUGUAGGUAAUUAAAGACUUGCAGGCUAGUUUUACAUGCCCAUGGUCUCCAAGGUGGGCCAUCUAGUAAUAACGACAUCUUAUCACCAUCCAGGAGCGGGAGAGGAGAUCUCCAGGCAUCAACUUCCACGACGUCCACUUCUGUGAAGGCGUCAGUCCACUGCAGGUGUACUGUGAGGCAGAGGGAGUCACAGUGAGUCUACAUCUAUCAUAAUAAUAAUGUCAUAUAUAAUAUAGUUUGGUGAAGGCAGAAGUGAGUCUAUAUCCUUCAUAAUAAUAUCUUAUGAAAGGUGCUAGGGGGUAGAGGUUAGGAGCUAGGGGCUAAGAGAGGUGUCUAUGGCCCUCCAAAUUCAAAUCUUGACCUCAAAGCCAGUUCCACUGCCUUUUUUUCCAUUGUUCCCCUCUAAUCAGGGACUGGUUUAGACCUGAGACACCAGGUGGGUGAUAUUAAUGAUCAGGUAGAACAGACAACCAGCAGGCUCCAGACCUCGUAGGGUCAGAGUUGAAUACCCUUGGUCAAAGGGGGAGUGUUAAGGGGUUGAUUUUGAUUUUAUUUGAAGUUUAACCUGAUGUUCUUGUCUCUUCUCCCUGGCAGGACAUCGUCAUCACAGAGCUGAUGAAAAAGCUAGAUAUACUGGGGGAUAAUGCCGUAAGUGUAUGUUCAUUUCCUAUCUACAUGUAUGUACAUGUAUGUCUGCCUGCAGUAUGGUUCGCUCCAACAUCACUGGACUCAUUGCUCUGUCUGUCUCCUCUGUGUUGUACAGUAAGGGGAAAAAGUAUUUGAUCCCCUGCUGAUUUUGUACGUUUCCCCACUGACAAAGACACGAUCAGUCUAUAAUUUUAAUGGUAGGUUUAUUUGAACAGUGAGAGACAGAAUAACAACAAAAAAAUCCAGAAAAAUGCAUGUCAAAAAUAUUAUUAAUUGAUUUGCAUUUUAAUGAGGGAAAUAAGUAUUUGACCCCUCUGCAAAACAUGACUUAGUACUUGGUGGCAAAACCCUUGUUGGCAAUCACAGAGGUCAGACGUUUCUUGUAGUUGGCCACCAGGUUUGCACACAUCUCAGGAGGGAUUUUGUUCCACUUCUCUUUGCAGAUCUUCUCCAAGUCAUUAAGGUUUCGAGGCUGACGUUUGGCAACUCGAACCUUCAGCUCCCUCCACAGAUUUUCUAUGGGAUUAAGGUCUGGAGACUGGCAAGGCCACUCCAGGACCUUAAUGUGCUUCUUCUUGAGCCACUCCUUUGUUGCCUUGGCCGUGUGUUUUGGGUCAUUGUCAUGCUGCAAUACCCAUCCACGACCCAUGUUCAAUGCCCUGGCUGAGGGAAGGAGGUUCUCACCCAAGAUUUGACGGUACAUGUCCCCGUCCAUCAUCCCUUUGAUGCGGUGAAGUUGUCCUGUCCCCUUAGCAGAAAAACACCCCCAAAGCAUAAUGUUUCCACCUCCAUGUUUGACGGUGGGGAUGGUGUUCUUGGGGUCAUAGGCAGCAUUCCUCCUCCUCCAAACACGGCGAGUUGAGUUGAUGCUAAAGAGCUCGAUUUUGGUCUCAUCUGACCACAACACUUUCACCCAGUUCUCCUCUGAAUCAUUCAGAUGUUCAUUGGCAAACUUCAGACGGCCCUGUAUAUGUGCUUUCUUGAGCAGGGGGACCUUGCGGGCACUGCAAGAUUUCAGUCCUUCACGGCGUCGUGUUACCAAUUGUUUUCUUGGUGACUAUGGUCCCAGCUGCCUUGAGAUCAUUGACAAGAUCCUCCCGUGUAGUUCUGGGCUGAUUCCUCACUGUUCUCAUGAUCAUUGCAACUCCACGAGGUGAGAUCUUGUAUGGAGCCCCAGGCCGAGGGAGAUUGACAGGUAUUUUGUGUUUCUUCCAUUUGCGAAUAAUCGCACCAACUGUUGUCACCUUCUCACCAAGCUGCUUGGCCAUGGUCUUGUAGCCCAUUCCAGCCUUGUGUAGGUCUACAAUCUUGGGGGGGGGGCAGUAUGAAAAAUAAAAUAAGAUAAGAGGAUAAGAGCGUCUGCUAAAUGACUAAAAUGUAAUGUAAAUGUGUUGAUGGAUCUGCUGUUUGCCUGCAGUAUGGUCCGCUCCAACAUCACUGAACUCAUUGCUCUGUCUGUCUCCUCUGUGUUGAUGGAUCUGCUGUUUGCUUGAUACUGAGUGUCUGAGUGUUGUGUUUUCCCUAUGUACCAUGUACCACCCAGAACCUAUCCAAUGAGGAGCAAGUGGUUGCCAUUCACGCCAGGACUGUCUUAACACUAGCAGAAAGGGUAUUUUUUUAUAUAUAUUUUUUAUUAACUUACAUUUCAAAAGGCUGUUGAUCUUUGUUUGUUUGAAUGCCGGCCUUGUCUUUGAAUCCCUGUCGUAGGCUUUGCAUCAUUGAGUUAAUGAGAUAAAAUAAUGUUUUAUUCCCAGCUGAAUAUCCUGCUUACUGUCUUCUCCUUUCAGUGGCUUGAGAAUAUAGAGGUCACCAAAACCGCUUUAGCACAGAAAAGGAUGGACAUUGAAAGUGAGAAGGUAAAUGGCUGAUCUGCAUUUUUAUUUGAACCCUUCUCAUUUAGCAUGCUGCUCAAGUUGUUUUGCAUGGAAGUACGUGGUAUAUGGUAUAUGCUUAAAGUGCAUUGGCAACUGGCGAUAUAUUGUAGCCCGACCUACAGUGUUUAACAGACAUCUUAUAUGAAUGAACAAAUGAAUGAAAGAAAGAAAUAAUGAAUGAAUGAAUGAACAAAUGAAUGAAUGAUUUUGUAUGAAUCUUUAGUAGGAGUUAUCUGGAUGAUGAGGUUGUGUUCUGUGUGUUAUCUGCAGCAUGUGUUUAGUAAACAGAAAGGCUAUCUGGAUGAGGAGUUGGACUACAGGAAACAGUCCAUGGCUCAGGCACACAAGGUGAGAGGCAUUUCAAAUGGACCCAAAUGUUCAAGGAAAAGCUUGCCUUUGUAAACUAACACUCUCACUCUGGAUAAGAGCAUCCUGCUAAAUGACUCAAAUAGAAAAUGGAAAUAUACAGUGAGUGGACAAAACAUUAAGAACACCUUCCUAAUAUUGAGUUGCACUCCCCCCUUUUUGCCCUCAGAACAGCCUCAAUUCGUCGGGGCAUGGACUCUACAAGGGGUCGAAAGCGUUCCACAGGGAUGCUGGCCCAUGUUGACUCCAAUGCUUCCCAUAGUUGUGUCAAGUUGGCUGGAUGUCCUUUGGGUGGUGGACCAUUCUUGAGACACAACUGUUAAGCGUGAAAAACCCAGCAGCGUUGCAGUUCUUGACUCAAACCAGUGCGCCUGGCACCUACUACCAUACCCCGUUCAAAAGCACUUUAAUAUUUUGUUUUGCCCAUUCACCCUCUGGCACACAUACACAAUCCAUGUCUCAAUUGUCUCAAGGCUUAAAAAUCCUUCUUAAACCCGUCUCCUCCCCUUCAUCUACACUGAUUGAAGUGGAUUUAACAAGUGACAUCAAUAAGGGGUCGUGGAAAGAGCAGGUGUUCUUAAUGUUUUGUAUAGUCAGUGUAUAUGCCCACAUAGAGAACAUUGAGCCAGUGGAUCACAUUCUCCACCCACUGACUAGCUGCAGCUGUGGUUGUUUGGUGUAACACAAACUACCUUUUCACUCUCCUCCUCCCUCUCUCCCCUCCCCUCCCUCCCUCCCUCUCUCCCCUCCCCCCCCCCCCCCUCUCUCCCCUCCCUCUCCCCUCUCUCCCCUCCCUCCCUCUCUCCAUCCCUCUCUCCCCUCCCUCCCUCCCUCUCUCCCCUCCCUCCCUCUCUCCCCUCCCUCCCUCCCUCCCUCCCUCUCUCCCCUCCCUCCCUCCCCUCCCUCCCUCUCUCUCUCCCCUCCCUCCCUCUCUCUCCUCCUUCCUCUCUCCCCUCCCUCCCUCCCUCCCUCUCUCCCCUCCAGAGGAUCUUGGAGCUAGAGGCGAUGCUGUUUAAUGCCCUGCAACAGGAGGCGGGGGCCAAGAUGGCGGAGAUGCUGUCGGACGACGAGAGAGAGAAACUGCGUCGGGCGGUGGAGCAGUGGAAGAGAGCGGUCAUGACGGAGCUAAGAGAGAGGGACUCACAGAUCCUCAGGGAGAGAAUGGAGCUGCUACAGCACUCACAGCAGGUGAGAGGAUGGAGCUGGUAGAGGAUGGAGCUGGUAGAGGAUGGAGCUGGUAGAGGAUGGAGCUGGUAGAGGAUGGAGCUGGUACAGGGAGAGGAUGGAGCUGGUAGAGGAUGGAGUUGGUACAGGGAGAGGAUGGAGCUGGUAGAGGAUGGAGCUGGUACAGGUAGAGGAUGGAGCUGGUACAGGUAGAGGAUGGAGCUGGUACAGGUAGAGGAUGGAGCUGGUAGAGGAUGGAGCUGGUAGAGGAUGGAGCUCAGCUAUCCUACAGUACAUUCCCCAGGGAGAUCCUCCUUCCUCAGCUACCCUACAGUACAUUCCCCAGGGAGAUCCUUCCUCAGCUACCUUACAGUACAUUCCCCAGGGAGAUUCUCCUUCCUCAGCUACCCUACAGUACAUUCCCCAGGGAGAUCCUUCCUCAGCUACCUUACAGUACAUUCCCCAGGGAGAUUCUCCUUCCUCAGCCACCCUACAGUACAUUCCCCAGGGAGAUCCUCCUUCCUCAGCUACCCUACAGUACAUUCCCCAGGGAGAUCCUCCUUCCUCAGCUACCCUACAGUACAUUCCCCAGGGAGAUCCUCCUUCCUCAGCUACCCUACAGUACAUUCCCCAGGGAGAUCCUCCUUCCUCAGCUACCCUACAGUACAUUCCCCAGGGAGAUCCUCCUUCCUCAGCCACCCUACAGUACAUUCCCCAGGGAGAUCCUCCUUCCUCAGCUACCCUGCAGUACAUUCCCCAGGGAGAUCCUCCUUCCUCAGCCACCCUACAGUACAUUCCCCAGGGAGAUCCUCCUUCCUCAGCUACCCUACAGUACAUUCCCCAGGGAGAUCCUCCUUCCUCAGCUACCCUACAAUACAUCAAUAUUGAACAUUUACUCUGAUCUGAUUGAACUUAUUGUCCACCUUAUUGUUCAUCCUGUUUUCAUGUCCAGAGAAUCAAAGAGCUGGAGGAAUGGAUAGCAGCACAGAGAAGACAGAUAAAGGAACUAGAAGAAAAGGUAAACCCGGUCAAAUGGUCCCUAGAAACCAGUGACACUGUGUUGUAUUGCUCAGUUGAAUUGAACUGUAUUUAAUAGAUGCAUUUAUUCAGACUUGGAAUAUGAAUGCUACAAAUUGCUGUCUGUUCUCCAUCUGGCAGAAAUGACUCUCUCCUUUCUCUCCAUUAUCUUCUUUUCAUUCCUUCAGUUUUUAUUUUUAUUUUUGUUUUUUUCUUUAGCCUUUAUUCUUUGGUCAUAGUUCUCCUGGGAAGCCAGGGCAAGUAUGUCUUUUUUACCUAAAUAUCUCUGUUUCUUUAACCAUUCAAAUAAUACAUUAGUCUAUAUACUGUUGCGUCAUAUCAUAUUGUAAUUUCAGUCCACAGGUUUCCAGAUUGUCUUCUCCAUUUUGUUCAAGAGGACACGAUUUGGAAUCCAAGCUGGCUCCCAGUGUCCUGAAAGUCUUUCCGAAGACUUCUCCUCACAUGGGAAACCAGUCAACUAUGCUGCAACACUGACUUUAAAGAGAAUACUAUUACCAUGUUUUUUUUUUUUGUAAGGACAGCAAAACUUUUACUUCAGUAACCUUUUAAACCUGACUGCUGUCCCUCUCUUGAAGUGAUGAUGAUGUUGAAUUCUCGAUGGAAGACUUCCUCUCUAUGGAUGAAGACUUCAGUGGAAUUGAAGAACUCCUCAAAAUGGGAGUGUUUUGUGUUUUUUUUCCCUGCUGAGCAGGUGGUGCUCUGGUCGCUUCCCUUUGGAAGCAUGAAGAAGAAGAAGAAGAAGAAGAGUUUGAUUGAUUGAAACAAACUGUAGUGAAGUCAUCCGGUAGUCCUGCUCGGGGCUUAAACCUGGAACUUUGCUGUCAACCCAACACCUUAGCCAAGAGAUUCCAAAACCUCUUGACGAGGUCACUAGGUGUUUUAAGGUUAAACGGUGAAUUGAGAAAUGUUACCAUAGUUCUUAAUGUUCACACACCCCCACUGAAGCUGAGCGUUUCCUAAAAAUGGACACCAUCCCACCGUUUACACCAUCUGCCCACGCUGUUAUCACCAUCUGACCACGCUGUUAUCACCAUCUGACCACGCUGUUAUUACACUCACAGGGAGCUAGCCUCAGCCACACAAAGAGAGCUCAUCCCCCAACUUUUAAAAAUGGUGAAAGCCUUCAAUGAUGCCGCCCAUACUGAAACAGACUUUGUGGCUAGUGUACCCUCUAUCUAUCUCUAUGGCCUCAGCCCUGCCUGUCUAGUCCAGACAUGCUGUGGGACUCAUUAGCUCCUCAAUCUCAGUGUUUGAAAUGAAACCAGAAGCCAAACUGUGGUAAUAUUAGACAUCAUGUAUUUUUUUUUUUAUGUAUUAAAAAAUGCAAAGAUUUUAAAAUACAUUUCUCAAAAGAGGAAUAAAUAAAAUGCUAAAUUAGAUAUUUUUUUGUUGUUGAUGAAGAAUGAAGGUGCUUUCAAUGCUUUUAGACUUUUCCAUUUGAUCAGAUUAUGUAAGUCUGGUCUUCCCCCUUGGUGCUUGGGAGAGGGUGGGUUUGCUUCAGAU